CGUUAAAUUAAAGGAUAGCCUUUGUUUACCUGUACAUUAUCGAACCUGGAGGUAUGGGUUCACUACAUAUUAUCGUACUUGCCGUAACUCUGGUGAUUCCUUAUUCGGGCGCCGCUCAGUGUAGAGCUGGGUGGAUUGGCUUCCAUGACUCAUGUUACUAUCUUUCCCAUGGAGUCGGAACAUGGGCGGAAGCUGGAGCUCUUUGUAAGGCACUCGGAGGCUAUCUAGCUAUGAUAGAAUCAGCAGAUGAACUGACAUUUCUGAAAUCUGAAUUAGGACAUAUUCAUCCGCAUGAUGCCGGAAGCAAACAAUAUUGGAUUGAUGGUAACGACCUUGAAGUAGAAAAUGUCUGGAAGUAUAUAAGCACUGGACAGACUAUUUCAUUUACGGAAUGGGCUCCCGGAGAACCUAACGCUGCCGAAAAUGAUAAUUGCAUGAACUUGUGGGGAAAGAGUGGAUUUCGAUACGCUGACAAUGAUUGUGAGGAACACUACAACUACAUCUGCCAAAUAAGAGAUCCAGAGUUGAGCGAGAUCGUUGGUUAAUGACUUUAUUAUGCAUGCAUAAACAACAAUAAUAAAGUCGAUUUUGUAAAGUU